AUGGCUCAUGCUCCGGACAGGACGACGACGAUGAUUCUGUAUACGUGUGUGGUGAAUCGUUGUUGUUGCGGUUGUUCCCCUGCGUCCAGAUGCUCUGUUUUGCAGGCCACCGACGAGCUAAAGAUGUACGCCGGCGAACAGGAAGGGGAGGAGGAUUGGCAACCUCGACGGCGGAAGAAAGAAGGAAUGGCGGGGGAUGAGAUUCGUAGUCGCAUUCAUGCCGGCAGCGGAGGAGAGCGUACGGGAUAUCGAGAGAGGGCUGGGCGGCUAUGA